GCGUCUCGAAACAAAAACAAGUGAAGGCAGCGCGGUAUCGGUCACAUGUAGUGCGUCCAGCAGCCGCACAAGAACAAGGAAGCGGUAGUCGGUCUCAACAGUGUCCAGGAAGCGGAGACGACCCCUCGGGCUCCCCUGGCUCCUGCCGCCCAUUGGUGCGCUCCACAUAUGGUGCUCCUCAGGCACAUCUCCAUCGCCCUGACCGCCGCCGUGGCUGCCCUGGGCUCCGCUCUCUUCAUCGCCCUGAACUACUUCUACAAGAGGCGGACAUGGUCACCACAAGCAGAAUACUGCACGAUCAAGGAGGAGGAGGAGGAGCGUGGGAAACGCCAGGUCCUGGUCCUCGGUCUGGAUGGGGCCGGGAAGAGCAGCAUGUUGCAGGGUUUGAGUCCCGGGGAACCAGCAGCUAGGAGACGCCACUGCAGACCCACCCGUGGCUUCAACUUCAUGAGCCUCAAUGCCCCCGCCUGUCAGCUCGACUUCCUGGAGAUUGGUGGCAGGGAAGACCUGCGGCGGUACUGGACGGACUACCUGCGGAGGACUCAUGUUCUGGUGUAUGUGGUGGACUCCUCGGACAGAAGCCGCCUCCCACUGGCAAAGGCUGAGCUGCACCGCCUCCUGAGGGUGGAGCCACAGCUGCCUGUGGUCAUCCUGGGAAACAAGCAGGAUAAGCCCGAUGCUGUGAGUGUGUCGGAGCUGCACGACGCCUUGUCUCUGGGCUCCCUGACCGAGGACCGGAAGCUGUUCCUCUUGGCUGCCCAGCUUGAUUCAGACGGAGCCCUGAGGAAUGCCUGCUGGGGUCUGGACACCUUCCAGGACCUCCUGCUCCAGCUCGUCUGAUCUCAGCUCCCCCCUCCUCCUCCUCAUUUAAGCUCUGGCUUUUUUGGGGUAGGAGGAGGAGAUGGAGGCUAGGACUGAGGCUGAGAGGAGGCUGAGAAGAUGAAGCACAAAGUGAGACUCUCCUUCUCAAACUAUGCCCGUUCUUAGAAAAGGUGGCAUUCAGAGUCGUCCUCCUCAUCCUCCGACUUUUGUUUUACUCACCGGAGAAGAGGAGGACGAGGACAGAAUGUGGGACAGAAGGAUGAGGGUUUGCUCACGGAUCUAUGACUCAGAACUACAACAACCUCGUGCCAGUGACUCAGAGUUUGAACUAGUCUUAAUGUCAACCUGUCGACUGCAUAUUUAAGCAAUUCUACUGUAUGUAACAGAGAAAUGGGUCCGGUUCUCGAUGUGCAUGCAGACCUGCCUGGUUUGCUGUUCGUGUAUGAUCAGAGAAGUCAUCAGAGCAGAGUAGGCAAUGUGCAGGGUUGCCAGGUUGGAGGCCCCAAGGAGAGAACGUGCACCAGCUUCGUGAAUUCAUCAGCUGGGUUCAAGAGAGACUCUCAAACAUCUGCACGGAGGCUUUUCUGAGAUCUAGGGGAAUUCUGGGGGAAUCUAAGGGGACCCUGACAUUUUGAAAAGCAGUGUUUAGUUUGCUUCUCACGACUCCUGAUGGGGCUGAGGGACAAAGUUUCCACACUUUUCAUGACUUUCUCUGACUUUGAUUCUUCAUAUGAAACCAUUUCCUGUUUGGUUAUACUUUAAUUCCCAAUAAUACUACACGAAUAUCAGCCAGCUACAGUACAAGUACUAAGGUAACGCCUAAUAAUGAACCAGUCAGUCCAUAUUCUGCUCAGCUCUGUGCAUUCCCAGUAUCAGACACAAGAAUGUGUUAAACAUUUCUCAGAUGCCAUUGAAACCAAACUACGUACAGACGUGACUGUAAGUCACAUAAAGUCAGGAAGAAGAGCCACAGUAAGGAAACUGUUCCUGUACGGCGUUAAAGCUUUUAAGGCUGAAGCAAACAAACAGGCUGUUUUCUUUUUCCCCACUCGCAUCAUGUAAUUUACUGCCACCACGACACACAGAGACGCAGCAGUUUAUUAAUAAAUUCAGUUAGAAAAUAAUCAAAGCCACCCUGAAGUUGAAGCUGUACAUAACAUAACGUCUUGAAACUUCUUUCUCUGCAUCCAUAGCAAAUGAGCAGCUCAUAAAGGAUAAGGUAUUUUUCUUUUUGUCAACAAGUCCUAUAAAAAGACCAACAUGCUCAUGCAUCUCACCACUUUGACUUCCCUGCUUGUCCGUGGUGCUGGUUUCUACUGAAGGUAAACGUCACUUCUUUGCCAGUUUGUUCAUUUGGGGCCUGCAGUUAUCAAGCGUCUCCAAGUAGGAAAUCACUUCUAACCGGCCAAAAAUUCUCAGAGCGACACGUUUGACAUCCAAGUUUUAGGAGCAGAUUUUAUCAGCAUUACUAAAUUAGGAAACCCCUCCUGUCUCUGUGAAAAAUGUCAGAGAGCUCGUUCCUCCUUUUCUCUUUGUGUAAGAAUCUGAGCUCAGCCCUUUUGCGCCAGUUUAAGCCCAUCCACUCCAGUUUGCUCCUUAGAUCGCUGUGCAGACGUGACAUCUCGGAUUUGUACCAAUUAACUGGAAUUAGCUUUUUCACAUUGUACGUGUGCAGCCAUGUUUGCUUAUGAUACAUGAUUUUGUAAUGAAUGUUUUAUUCCUUUUGAUGUACUUCAGUGAGAGUUUAGUGGAUUGUUGUACGUAGACUGUUUUGUAACCAGUGUUUGCAGGCAUUAAUACAAACUGAAUGUUCUAUGAAUUCACGCAUGUCCUCAUAUUAUAUUUCUUAAACAGCAAGAC